AUGACCCUGAGUUACUGCCCCAGAAAGAAGCAUAAGAGCUCCCUGUGUUGGGCUAAAGACAAUGCUGAGGUGUGCAGUGAGCGGGAAAGAGACCAGGAGGAUCAUUUCAAUAAUUUAGACGGCAGCAUUGAGGAACGUUCAGAAAGCCCAACCACUGCAACAUGGCAUUCCAUGCGUGGCAGCUGUCAUGCCUUCUCUGAAGGAUGCUUCAUCUGUGGUCCAGCAAGAGCCCAGAGGAGAUAUGACAGCUGCCCUCAAUUUUCAUGCCCAGUUAUUAGCUACCCCAUCAAAGUUUGUGCUGUCAACAAGUCUGAUGAGAGGACUGUGCAGUUCUUUGCAUUUGAACAAGAAAAGGUAUAUCUGACAUAUACCUCUUGGCUGCCCUUUGCAGCUGACACGAGAUCCGAGAAAACAAUAGUUGUAACUGCUCAUGGGCAUUAUACAUUCUGUGUGGACCUUGAUACACUCCGAGCUUUUUGCAGUACCCCUCCUGUCAAUAUGAAAGUGAAACUCGUUAACAGAACAGCCUUGCUGGUGACCUGGAAUCAACCAGAGAUUAUCUAUCAUCCACCCAUUAUGAACUAUAUGAUUUCCUACAGUUGGAGUAAAAAUGAAGAUGAAAAGGAGAAGACGUUCACUAAGGACAGUGACAAGGACCUGAAUAAUGGGCAGAAUGGAGUGGUUGGAAAGAAAAAGAGAACAAAAGGAAAAAAGAGCCGAGGUAGCAUGUCAGGUACCUCUACUGAUGCUCUUUCUGCUGUGUUUUCUUCUCUUGUUCCCCCUCGUGAUUUCUUCAAGCCGACAGCUUCUCCAGCACCUUCAGCCGACAUGGCUCCCAUCAGUUCUGGGUCUUCUACUUGGACUUCCUCAGGCCUCCCCUUUUCUUUUGUCUCCAUGGCAACGGGGAUGGGGCCUUCCUCUAGCGGGAGCCAGGCUACAGUGGCUUCCGUGGUCACUAGCACCUUACUGGCCGGUCUAGGAUUUAGUAGCAGUGGUAUUUCUUCUUUCCCUAGUACGGUGUGGCCAACCCGGCUCCCGACCUCUGCCUCGACUAAUAAACAGUCGGCCAGGCCAGUGGUGGCUACCACCGAGGCAUUGUCUUCUCCAGCACCAGACAGUGAUUCUGCUCUCCCAAAAGACAAUGAAGGAGCUGAGGAUGGAGAGAAAGAUGAAAAAAGUGAAAGCGAGGAUGGCGAAAGAGAGCACGAAGAAGAGAGAGAAAAGGAUUCUGAGAAAAAAGAGAAAAGUGGGGUGACCGAAACUGCUGAAACACAGGAUAACAGUGAAGCUGCAAACACCACUCUUUCUCCCAACAGAACUAUGGAGCAGGGAGGAAAUGAAACUAUAUCUGAUCAUGAGCAAAGCCAAAAUAUUGUACCAACAGGUAGGACUCCUGCAAGCCGAGAAGGACUUACAGGAAUAGACACUGCGUUCAAUACAGUCAGAUCCACCCAAGUGCCGACACUAUUCAUUCAUGAACAAUACACUGGUGAGAUUCCAAGAAGACCAGAAACAGCAUCAACAUCUUUACCAAAAGAUAACAGAUUUAUUACCAUUUACCCAGCAGACAAGAAUAUUUCCAGCAUGACCAACAGACCCACUCGUGGCAAAAUGGAAUGGAUCAUUCCUCUCAUUGUGGUCUCAGCCUUGACAUUUGUGUGCCUAAUCCUUCUUAUUGCUGUGCUAGUUUACUGGAGAAGGUGUAACAAAAUAAAGUCCAAGGGCUCACCCCGAUAUUUCCAUGAAGUGUCUUCUGCUCAAGACAGAGGAAAGAAAGGGAACAGAAAAUGUUUCCAGACAGCUCAUUUCUAUGUAGAAGACAGCAGUUCUCCUCGGGUGGUACCAAACGAAACCGUCCCCAUUAUUCCCAUCCCAGAUGACAUGGAAGCUAUUCCUGUCAAACAGUUUGUGAAGCAUAUCGGUGAAUUGUAUGCCAACAACCAGCAUGGGUUUUCAGAAGAUUUUGAGGAAGUGCAGCGUUGUACAUCCGACAUGAACAUCACCGCUGAACAUUCCAAUCACCCCGACAACAAGCACAAAAACAGAUACAUCAACAUUUUAAGAAAAUGCGACCAAUAUUGGCCAAUGGAAAACAGUGAGGAAUAUGGCCACAUCAUUGUCACACUGAAGAGCACAAAAGUACAUGCUUGUUACACUGUCCGCCGCUUCACAGUCAGGAAUGCAAAAAUGAAAAAAGGGAAUCCCAAAGGACGUCAAAACGAAAGGACAGUCAUUCAGUACCAUUACACACAGUGGCCUGACAUGGGAGUACCUGAAUAUGCACUUCCGGUGCUGACGUUUGUGAGAAGAUCCUCUGCAGCCAGAUCUGCUGAAAUGGGUCCAGUAAUUGUACAUUGCAGUGCUGGUGUUGGCAGGACUGGUACCUACAUUGUAAUAGACAGCAUGCUGCAACAAAUAAAAGACAAAAGCACAGUUAAUGUCUUGGGUUUCCUGAAACACAUCAGGACACAGCGCAACUACCUCGUCCAGACGGAGGAGCAGUACGUUUUCAUUCAUGAUGCCUUGUUGGAAGCCAUUCUCGGGAAAGAGACUGAAGUUUCUGCCAAUCAGCUACAUAGCUAUGUCAACAGCAUUCUCAUACCUGGCAUUGGAGGCAAGACUCGACUAGAGAAACAGUUCAAGCUGGUUAUGCAAUGCAAUGCAAAAUACAUAGAAUGCUUUAGUGCCCAAAAAGAUUGCAACAAAGAGAAGAACAGAAACUCAUCAGUAGUGCCAUCUGAGCGAGCAAGGGUAGGACUAGCACCAUUACCUGGCAUGAAGGGAACUGAUUACAUUAAUGCCUCGUAUAUCAUGGGCUAUUAUCGGAGUAAUGAGUUCAUCAUAACACAGCAUCCGCUGCCACAUACAACUAAAGACUUCUGGAGAAUGAUCUGGGAUCACAACGCACAGAUCAUUGUCAUGCUUCCAGAUAACCAGAGUUUCGCAGAAGAUGAGUUUGUGUACUGGCCAAGUCGGGAAGAAUCCAUGAACUGCGAGGCAUUUACAGUCACCCUUAUCAGCAAGGACCAGCUGUGCCUCUCUAAUGAGGAGCAGAUCAUCAUCCAUGACUUUAUCCUUGAGGCUACUCAGGAUGAUUACGUUUUGGAAGUUCGCCACUUUCAGUGCCCCAAAUGGCCAAAUCCAGAUGCCCCAAUCAGCAGUACUUUUGAGCUUAUCAAUAUAAUCAAGGAAGAGGCCUUAACAAGAGAUGGCCCAACCAUCAUUCAUGAUGAGUAUGGAGCAGUGGCAGCUGGAACAUUAUGUGCUCUGACUACCCUGUCUCAGCAACUGGAGAAUGAAAAUGCGGUUGAUGUUUUCCAGGUGGCAAAAAUGAUCAAUCUGAUGAGGCCUGGCGUAUUUACAGACAUUGACCAGUACCAAUUUCUUUACAAAGCAAUGCUAAGCCUGAUCAGCACUAAAGAAAAUGGAAAUGGCCCCAUGGCAAUGGACAAAAAUGGUGUUGUUAUGGCCAGUGAAGAAUCAGAUCCUGCAGAAAGUAUGGAAUCUCUUGUCUAAAAGGAAUACUUAAAGGCACUUAAUUUGUGGAAUUUCUGAAGACUGAACUUUUUGAGGCCUUUUUUGCCAGACUCUAGGUUAUACAAUAACCCAAUUACUUUUUUACACUGAUAAAAAGUUUUGAUAUUUAUUUUUGCCAUUUUACGUCUUAAUGGUAUCCUACUGAGCAUUUGCACCUCUGUUUAUUUCACACAGUGAAACACAAAUUUUAUCUAGUUUGCACUAUAUGAUCAGUGUUAACUGCCUAUAGAGAUAUAAUACAAAAGAAAACAAACAAAUCCUGAUGACAUUCCAUGAGAACAGACACACUACUUAUUAGUUGAAAUACCAUGAUGUUUAAUUAAUUCUCAUAAGCCUUGGCUUUACAAUCUUGGAUGCUAGGCCAGAGAAAUAUUUUUGAUUCACAUUAAAAAAUGCUGUACCCUUGACAUAUUCCAAUAUUCAUUGUUUAAUUUGCAUACUGCUACAGUUCUUUUGUUUUCCAGUAACAUGGAUGAGUAGUGUUCUUCAUUUUCUCUCAAACUAGUGAUCACUAGAUAAAUUUUGGAAAGCUACUGAAAUUCAGCUUAACAGCUGCUCUGCAUUGUCUGGAAUUUCUCUUUUGACUUCAUAAAGUUCAAUGAAGUGUUUUCUAUGAAACACAUAAAAUUGUAUUCCCAAAAUGCAAAGCAACUCAGAUUUGUGAUUCAAUUUCAGGUCUCGAAUUUAUACUUUCAUUAAUUCCCAGGUGUUUUUAAUCACAUUCUCAUUUCAAGAAAAUAUUUUGAUCAUAUUUCCACUGAGGACAAUUUAAUUACAGUGCAACAAUGUUCAAUCAGAUCAUUUUAUUCCAAAAGUAUUUAGCAAUAUUUCCAAUUCAUACACAAUUCACAUUUACAUGUAUAGUUCCUUAAGUUUCUGGAACGGAACCACUGUCUUUACAGUAUGUUAUAUGAUGGAGAAAAGAAUUUCUUAAUUUCAUAGCUGUUAGAUGCCGUUUUUACAGGUGUGUAAUUUUCAUACUCUAGUGCUAAAACGUACUGAUCCAUAUUACUGGUGAAGCGAUCUAAUAAAAAAAACUACCUAUAAGAUUACAUUCUUCCUCUUUUUUUAACACUAUUGAUUAGUAUGUACUUCCCAAUUUCAUAAUUUCAUUUUUCGAUACUAUACAUAAUAUUCUACAAAAUAAUCCUAUAUGUCUACUCAAAAGUAAAUUACACUGAAUCAAUGUAUAAUAGGAUUACAAAGUUAAUAUGUUUCACUCCCUUUGAAAAAAAAUCUGCUCAUUAUCUUUUAACAUUUAAUGUUUUGUUCCAAAUAACUUUAAAAAGUUGUGCUUUCCAAACCAUUUGUGAAGCUCAGUUGAAUAUAUGGUUCCCUCACACGGCUUUUAUGAGACCAAUUCAUGGAAGAUCAAUGGCUACUCAGUAGGAAGGCAACAUAUUAUCUCCAGUAUCAGAGGCAACAGGCUUCUCAGUUUCAGUUACUGAGGGAAAUGAUGGAGACAAUACUAUUUUUGCUUAUAUUCUGCUUCCGGAUGUGACAUUGGUACUGGUAGAAGAAAGAGCCUUUGAUCUUUAUCAGUACUGCUUUUCCUAUGUUUUUGCAUUGUACAAAUGAGAAAUGAACUAGCUUCUAGUGAAAUACAAUCUUUUUAUAUAAGCUGAAGAUAUAGAGUAACUCAGUAGAUAUGACAGCAUUAGUUUUCAUAGCUAAAGCAAGCCUCCUUUGCACUUUUGGUUGCUACUCCUGAGAGCUCCUCAAGCAUCAGAGAACAGACAAGUAGAUGUUUUCAGGAAAGCCAUUGGAUUCCACCCAAUGGCUAUCUGGAUUAGCUCAAUCAAAAAGCAGUUUGUGUGUUCUCUGAAUGAGUGAGGUUUAUUUAUCUCUGUUUCCAAUUCAAACUAGAUAAAAUAAUGUGCCAGCAUAUGAAAGUAACAAGGUAUGAAAAUGGCAGACUGUAACAAACCAAAGUGAAGUUGCCUCAUUUAAAUGUUCUCUCUUGAGCUGUCAGGGUAGAAGUGGCUGUACUUAUGGAAAAGGAAUCCAGAAUUAAUCAAAACAAAAAUUGACUGUAAUUGAUAAAAGUAGAUAAAAACUGGACUGUAAGCCAGAAAUGGGUUGCCAGAUAUUCCUUCAUUUAAGGCAAGAGUUCCUACCUAGCCCAUAGAAGGAAUCACAGAAUCAGUUAUAACUUAGCAUUUUCCUAGGUAUUUGGCUGGCAUAUAGUUAUUGUUUUCCCUAUUGUAUGAAUUCCAAUUCUAAAAUAGUAUAUUCCAAACAUUUAUUAACUCAGUAAGAACAAGAUAAUUGUAUAUCAUAUACCUUCAUUUCUUCCUUUAAAAAAAACAUACUUGGAAUAGUUCCUCUAAAGCAGGAACCUAAAGUAGUCAACCUUUUUAUACCUACCGCCCACUUUUGUAUCUCUGUUAGU